CACAUAAGAAAUUAGUUUCAGUUAAAAAAAACAAAUGGAAAAUUACGAUACUAAAAUUUCUCGACAAAUUUGCCAUAAUCUUUGGCCUUUAAUAUUAGAAUGCAAUAAAUGUGAAAUACAAAGUACCGAUGUCGCUGAAUAUUUUAUACCCCAUCAAAAAUUUGAUCAUAUAUGGGCUCAUGAACUUUUAGCUAGUAAAAAUUACGAUAAUUAUGACCCACCCAUAGAACUGAAAUGUAAAAAAUCAACUGAACAACAAUCCAUAACAAAAGCUGAUGAGGAAGAAAUUGAUCAAUUACCUUAUCGUGAACCUCAUACAAAAAUUCUACCUCUAGAUCAGCAAUUAGCUAAUAUACAACAAGAUAUUGAAAUAAGACAAAAAUUGGCUAAAGAUUUUGCCCAACGUGAAUUUCCCUGGUAUAUACAAAGACAAUCUUAUGAAAACGAUUUUCAAAUUACUCAAGAACUAAAUGAAAUAUUUAAGAAACCAUUUGAGUAUGAAAUACUUCGCAAUAUAAAACGUUAUCAAUGUAAUCUAAUGAUAAUAGAUGUGGCUUUCGAUAUACCUUUAAGAAAUUUAGAAGGCUGGCUCAAGUUCUCUCCCUAUGUAGCUCUUAUAACUGUUAUACAUGAUAAGGAACUUUAUGGGAAACUUACAAAUUUUAAAUGUGCAUUUCACUCUGUAUUAAUGGAAAAAGAUGAGAAUUAUACAUGGCAUGAAGAAUUAAAUUACUCUCUUGAAUUGGGUGUUAACAGAGCUAAAGAAUUAUUUUUAUUUGAAGAUGCUAGCAAAUCAUUCGUUUUUGUAUUUUCUAAUAAUCGUGGUAUUUGUGUGUGGGAUAAAUUUAAAAUAUUAAAAAAAUUUUGAAAAUUUUUAUUUAUCUUUUAUAGAAAUACUAGCUUUGCUUUUAUAUAAAUAAAACUUACUUUAAGACUUUAAAAGAUUUAGUUCUUAUAGAU